AUUGUGCUGUUUGUUUUUGAGAGCGUGGAGCGCGCGCGUGUUGGGAAAGUGGGUGUCGCUGUGCACGCUGCUGGAGGAGCUUCCCAGCGAUGUGUCGCGGACUUUAAACACACUGUGACACACAGUGGUGGAAGCAGGGAGAUCGCGCCGUGUUGGAUCGUAUACCGCAACACUUCUUAUGCCAUGAGUCCGACCGUUUUCAUUCUGAUCCAAUGUGUCUGAUUCAGUUUCCGCGCGUGAUGCUCUGACUGCCGUGUGUUUAUAUGGAGACAGACACCCUAAAAAACAGUCAACCGGGAAAUGGUAACACAUGAACCUCCUCACUGGAAGGAACAUGGUUGAGAGGAGCAGCAAAUUUCUGUUCAUCGUUGUUGGCUCGGUUCUGUUCAUGCUGAUUUUGUAUCAGUACGUGGCUCCGGGGAUGAUGAACUUCGGCUCUCCGCACGGGUACAUGCUGGAAGACGAUGCGGAUCUCUUCCCGACUCCUGAUCCACAUUACGUGAAGAAAUACUAUUUCCCCAUCAGGGAUCUGGAGCGGACUGUGGAUUUUGAAAUCAAAGGGGAUGAUGUGAUCGUGUUCCUGCACAUCCAGAAGACCGGCGGCACCACGUUCGGGAGGCACCUGGUCCAGAAUGUCAGGCUGGAGGUUCCGUGCGACUGUAGACCGGGACAGAAGAAGUGUACCUGUUACCGACCCAACAGGAAAGAAACGUGGCUCUUCUCUCGGUUCUCCACCGGUUGGAGUUGUGGCUUACACGCGGACUGGACCGAACUGACCAACUGCGUUCCGGGGGUUUUGAACAGAAAGGAGAACAGGAUGAAAAACCAAAGGAAGUUCUACUACAUUACCGUUUUACGGGACCCUGUGUCUCGGUACCUAAGUGAGUGGAGACAUGUCCAGCGUGGGGCCACAUGGAAAACCUCCCUGCACAUGUGUGAUGGGCGAACUCCAACACCAGAGGAGCUGCCCACCUGCUACGAGGGCACCGACUGGUCGGGCUGCACUUUACAGCAGUUCAUGGACUGUCCGUACAACCUGGCAAAUAACCGACAGGUGCGCAUGCUGGCCGACCUCAGCCUGGUGGGCUGCUACAACAUGUCCUUCAUCCCGGAGAAGAAGCGUGCGCAGGUGCUACUUGAGUCGGCCAAGAAGAACCUACGAGACAUGGCCUUCUUCGGCUUGACUGAGUUCCAGCGCAAAACGCAGUACUUGUUCGAACGGACCUUCCGCCUCAAGUUCAUCCGGCCCUUCAUGCAGUACAACAGCACGCGGGCCGCAGGCGUGGACCUGGACAAUGACACAGUGCAGCGGAUCGAGGAGCUCAACGACCUGGACAUGCAGUUGUACGACUACGCCAGGGAUCUUUUUCAGCAGCGCUACAUGUACAAGCGUCAACUCGAGCGAAGAGAGCAGCGCCUUAAGAACCAGCUCGCCCUCUUCCCCUUUCGUCGGGCACCCAGCUCUGAUUCUGCUUUCAGGGAUGACGCACCAGAGUCCGAGGUGUCCCGACUGCCCACGGAGGACUACAUGAAUCACAUCAUCGACCGCUGGUAGCAGUGCUGGGGGGAGGGGGACGGUAAAUACAGGUUGAGGAGGAGAAAAAGGCUGCGAUGCCCAGUUCAAAUCAAGCAGGAGAGGAACACGGUGAACGAGAAAGAGACAGAACUUUAGCGCCACCAUCAAAUACGGCCCUCCCCCCUUCUGUUGUGCUCCAGGAUAUCCUUCGGUCAUCUUGGAGUGGAAAGACUCUAAAAGUGGCACACUCUUCGCCGCUAAUGCGAAGACUUUGCGUGUCAGGUCAGAAAUGACUGACUAACUUAAAGCACUGAGCCUGAACUUAAAACUAAGAGGUGAAGACUUCUACAGGCGCAUUCGCCCACGGAAGGAAAAACAUACGUAAAAAUGAUUGGAAUUAUAUUCACUGCAGAUUUUAAAAGAAUGAACCGAAUGAAAUUGUAUAAGGGUAUUUGCUUAAAUGUCUGCUGCCAUUUCAGCCAUAAUAACGGUCUGUCUUUUUAUUUUUUCAUUUAUUAUGGUCUUAUUUCUUUUAAUUAUUUUUGAAAGGGAUUGUUCAUCCCUCAAAGAGGUAAAACUCACAGCACUGAGACCAACAGAGCUGCCUAACACUUAUUAGAUGCAAUUUAUUAGCUUUUCAUAAUCGGUGAUGACUUGAAAAGGUCUGUUCUAUUGUCCUUUUUUGUGUUUUUGCAUAUCGGUUGCAAAUUUCAAUGGACGGACGGACGACGUGGACCAUAGCCAUUAUUUAAGCUUUCAGCAUACUGUACGAGAAAAUUCCGUGCGCUAAGUGUAUUAAUAUAUCCUUACUGAAUGUGAGAGUUGUUUAGUUUGUUCGAUGCAACAGAUGUUUUGCGUGAUGUUAUUGGUCGAGACAAAUUCUAAGUUGUCAUUAGCACUCAAUCAAGGCCAUUUCUUAGUAGCCGAAGCGGUAACCUGGUGGAGAUCCAAAGAGGAAACUGUGUCUUAUUUUACACUUAGUAAGGAUGGGCUCUGUGUUUCUAAGCGAAAUCAUGCAAUCUAAAUACGAUUGACUCUGUAAUGACACCUGUGUGUCAGUCAAUAACAGGAGCAUUGUAGAGCUUGUGUGAAAGUGUGUGUGUGAAAGAGAGAGCUUGUGAAUCGCAAGAGCAGAAUGAAGAAGCAGCAAAUGCAGCCUUUAUAAAAGUCAUCACCAUUCCCAAUUCCCAGAGACUACUCAUUAUUUAUUAUGCGAGUGUAUAGAGGAUGACUGUGUGUGUUUGAGAUUCUAAGCAUUCUAUUGAGGAGGAGGAUAUUUUAAGUAUGCAAGCAUGUUUGGGUGUUACUUUUUUCUGUGCAAAUGUGUGUGAGUGAGUAUUUCAUGAUCAAUAUCUUGCCAUGGUCCUCAGGGACUGAAGCUAUUGCCAGUAAGGGGACAAGAAUGAUGUCACAUGUCUCCCCUUAUGCAAAUCUUUGAGUUGUUUGUUGUUAAAGGAAUAGUUUGCACUGAGAAAUGCACAGUUCUGUCAUUAUUUACUCACUCCCAAUCCAUGUGAUCAUAAAAUGAGAUGUUUUGCAGAAUGCUCAAGCUGCUCUUUUCCAAACAAUGAAGGUGAAUAGGGACUGGGGCUGUGGAACACUAAAACUAUAUUUGAAUUCGCCAUAUUUAAAGUUUUCAAGUGUAUUCCAAUUCAGUUAAGUCAAAAGGAUGGUCACUUUUGAGCUAAAGAGCUCUAGUCUUCAUUCAGUUUCAUUGUACAGUAUAUAAAAGAGCAGCGUGGACAUCCUGCAAACCGUCUGCUUUUAGGUUUCACUGAAAAAAUAAAGUCAUACUGAUUUGAAACAACAUUGAGAGUGAGUAAAUAAUGACAGAAUUGUAAUUUUUGUGUGAACUGUCCCUUUAAGUUGACAUCUACACAAGUAAACAUUAUGUGAAUAAGGUAUCAGGAAGAAUUCCCUUGACUCUGACUCUUAAAGUGUUUUGAGGGAGGUUUUUACUUCACUUACUGCUCUGCAAUGGGAAUUUGUUUUCUCAGUAACUAUAAUUACAGACUACUCACUUACUGCAUAUUUAACCUAAAGUGUUAUGUUAUUCAAGAACAAAUCUUCUCAUGACUGAUCUGCAUAAUUCAUGAAUGAUCUUUAUGAAGGCAGCCCUUUAUUAAUAUCUCUAUGUGAUACUGUCAUUCCCUACAGCUGAUAUGCUCUUAAUGGAAACCCUCAGGGUUGUAGUAAUUGUUGGUCUCAUUGCAAAAUAUUUCGAUGACCAAGUGUUUCUCAGUCUUAACUUAACAAUGGCAUCCAGCCAAUCAGAAUAGAAUAUUGGUGUGCUAUAAAAAUGGCCACUGCUUCCAACUGUCAAAUAUUAGUCCAGAAACAUGCUCUACAGUGACAGUAAGAAACCCCAGUACUCAAGGGGGCGACACAGUCACUUUCAGAUGUCUGAGCCAUUAAAGUGUUGUUAUUCAGGUAACUAAAUGGUUUAACUUUUACUUACUCAACUAGAUUGCUCAGUAAUGUCGGUAGUUGACCUGAAAGAGAAAGCGUAUUCAGUUUAUGCUAAACCCUGCUAUAGCGCCCCUCGUGGUAAUGCUAAGAAUGCGACACACAUCUUAGUUGCAUUAUUAAAGGGUUACUCCAUCCCAAAAUGAAUUUUCUUUCAUUAUUCACUUACCCCCAUGUCGUUCCAAACCCGUAAAACUUCGUUCGUCUUCAGAACACAAUUUAAGAUAUUUUGGAUGAAAACAGGGAGGCUUGAGACUGUCCCAUAGACUGCCAAAUAAAUUACACUAUCAAGGUCCAAAAGCAUCGUCAGAAUAGUCCAUCUGCCAUGCGCUGGAGUAACCCUUUAAUUGCAUUGUUUUAAGAGCAGUCUCUAAAAUUAAGCUAGAGGCAUUUGCCUUCACCUACUCCUCUAGAGUAUGUUUCUGGCCUCAUGUGAGUCUAGCAAAUUGACUUCAGCUUUUUCUGAAAGAAUGUGCAAGAGCAGCACUAGCGAAUCCCUGAGCUCUGCUCCUGGGAGCAUUUAUUCAUCACAUCCAGUUCAUCUGCUCUGGGUAUUUUUCUCAUUAUUUCAGCAAUGAAUCGUCAAAUACACCAUUAAAAAAAUUGCAUUUUUGUAUGAACAUG